AUGGCAACAGAUACGGGCACAGAAAUCCUGGCCGCUCCUAACGAUCGAGCUGAGAUUCGUCUAGUGAAUACAGACGAAGACUACAGGUCGUGCAGCAUCAGUCUGCCAUCAGAAUGGAACGGAACGACAUGUCCUGAAUGGUUCGAUUAUUUGUUGGCAGGGUGGAAAGGAGUCUUGGAUCGAUUGAAAGUCGCUGCCAUUGGUUUCGACAUAUUAAUGGAAGGUUGUAUUCCUUCGUCAGUAGGACUUUCUAGCAGUUCUUCAAUCGUGUGCGCUGCGGCACUUACCAGCUGGGCGAUUCACACUGGACAGGGGUUUGAAGGGAUUACACGAGAGGAACUUGCCACCUUGUGUGCAAACGCUGAGCAGUACGUUGGACAGCAUGGCGACAGGACAAUCCACCUCACGCAGGUAUUGGGCAGUGAAGAUAUGGCUGUUCGAUUUGAUUAUUUCCCUCUUCGAACGCGACUAGUGAAUCUUCCACCGAUUGUCGUAUUCGAUGUGCUGAACUGUGGAGAGAAACCGCAUACGACUACAGCCUUACGGGAGCAGCGAUUUGCAGAGGGACUGAUUGCCGGAAAGUUGCUUCUAAAGAACGCUGGCAAAACUUGCAUAUAUUCUCGAUUGAAAGACGUGCAGGAUGCACUAGGGAAGCAUUUGGAAGAGAUGAUAGCGCUGUGCGAAAGUCUGCCCGAAACUGCGACUCGGAACGAGUUGGCGUCGAUGCUUGGCUCAGACGAUCUUGAGGAGUGUUUCGCCGAAGGCAUAACUUACUCGUCGCCAUUCAAGCUUCGAUCCGUUGCUCGACAUGUAUUCAGUGAAGCACUACGUGUCGAAAAAUUCGAAAGGACCUGCGAAACACGAGAUUUGCUCGGGAUGGGAAUGUUCUUCAAUGAAUGUCACGAGAGUUGUAGCAGGGACUUCGAAUGCAGUAGCAAGGCCGCGGACAAGUUGGUCGCCAGAUGUCGUAUGGCUCGAGCCUAUGGAGCACAUGUGAGCGGAUGGAGUGGCACGGUUGUGGCGCUGAUCGACGACAUUCGACCGGUGUUUCUCGGUGAUAAUCUCGUCUACCACGCUUUCUCAGCACCAGGUGCCAGCGUGGAAUUCCUGUGA